AAGUAGGCCCUUCUUGGACGUUUGGCGAUACCAUUCUCUUUCAGUACGGUAAUACUUUUUAUCUGCGGAGAAUAUACAGGGAAUAAGACUUCCACACCCACACCCAUUACAUUGUUUCUUAACAAAAAGGAGCUUUUCGGUCCACGAUGGCGUACUCGUAAUAAGUAGCCAGCAAAUCUGUUUAUACUUUCUUUCAUUGGAUAUUUGGAGUAGCUUUCCACUAACAAGACAGCUCCAGGUCUGACACGAUCUUUUUGCGACCGGUGAAACAUUUGAAAGCGCUUUCCGUCUACGUCCAUUUUGUUUUGAUAUCGUUUUUCGUAUUCUGAAACCACAUCCUUAAUUUUGGGUCCUUUCAAUGGCUUUGGAAAGACAAAUGGUCUCCGCAAAGUAUGCAGAAACCGUUUUUGAAAUGAGAAUAAGCCAAUAUUCAUGCUAACUCUUCCUCGUAAAAGAUUCAGACCUUCCAUAAAGAUUUUUCUUUACUGAAUGCAAAAAAAUGAGGGUUUUCUAAAAACAACACCGUUCUCUUAGUAACACCUUCAACUUGCUUUAAAGAGACCCAUUCCCACUUACUUUGGGAGGAAUGCUGCAUUGUAUUAUACCGAGUCAUGGUAGAUCACGCUAGCACGAAUAUCAAAGUCAAACAAGUUUCACUAUAUCCUGACUUCAGAAAUCCUAAACAUACACCACAUGGUACUCGAGUGGGAUAUUCAUAAGAUUCUUUGAGGAAACCGAGGAAAGUAGGCAUUCAGUAUUGUUAGCUGCUUAUAUUUGCUUUUUUUUAUCUUAAAUAUAAAAAGAAGAGUUCGUUUUCUAUCAAAUGAAUCAUCUAAUAAUCGAUAGGAAUGAACCGAUGGGGUGUAAACAAAGCGGCUGCUGCUCAUGGUUAUGUCAUAUUGAGUUUCGAAGAGCUCUUAAAAGUCUUCAUUAUUAAUUAAACGAAAUACAAAGACUCUUAGCACUGGAAGAGAAUCUAUUUCUCUAUAAAAAAUGCGUUCUCUUUUCAUUCCUGUAAUCAAAAAGAUAUGGUAAUAUAAGCAUAACGAGGGAAACUUGUACAGAACGUGCAGGAUGAAACGCCAAGUUCUCCUUCCCUCAUUCUACUAAAUUGGUUCUUUAGAUUUUUUAUACCCUUUAAAUUUUUAUUUUCUUUUGUUUUUUGUAAUUUUUCAACAGGACUACUAAUGAAUAUUACCUGCUCUGCUCCUGGAAAAGUGCUUUUAGCCGGUGGAUACAUUGUCCUUGAUCCUCAGUAUAGUGGCCUUGUUGUGGGUUUAGACGCUAAAGGUUAUGCGACGACAACCACCUCGUCAAGUCGUCAAGGACUUAUUCAUGUAAAUAGUCCUCAAUUUAUUGAUGCUGAAUGGUCAUAUACGGUCGACUGGCAUUCUUCCCCGAUCCAAGUUUUCCAACAAAACGAUAAGCAAAGUCCUAAUCCAUUUGUUCAGCUUGCUUUAUUCUACGUCCUGAACUACAUCUUCCCUUCCGGAAAGCAACCUGAGGAUUGGAGAGACCUGAAUGUCAUCAUUCAAGUAGAUAACAGCUACUAUCAUCAACCAGAAUUACCAAAAGACUUACAUUCGUACCCCAAGUUCAAUUUUCUUAAUUGCAAACUACAUGAAGUAAAAAAAACCGGUCUUGGAAGUUCAGCGGCUAUGAUUACAAGCUUCAUAAGCUCUGUCUUUUUAACAUUGAGUCAACUAACUGGCAAGGAUUCAGCUCAACCACAAUUGACCAUACCUACAAAAACGAUAAUUCACAAUCUAAGCCAAAUUGCUCACUGUGCUGCUCAAGGUAAAGUUGGUAGCGGGUUUGAUGUAGGUGCGGCUGUCUGGGGUAGUUGCAUUUAUCGUCGAUUUGACCCUCAACUUAUUCAGCAUUUGCUUGUGGAUCCCACCUACCAAUUGACAGGUGAACAUUUUUCUGGUGAUCUAAGGCAGGUAGUACAGAAGGAAUGGUCUCCUGUAAAGCCUUUUACUUUACCUUCACAUUAUCGUUUGCUCAUGGGCGAUGUUGCAGGUGGAAGUGGUACACCAGGAAUGGUAAAAAAGGUUCAAAAAUGGCAAAAAGAAAACAAAGAUUCUGAGAAGCUCUUCAAUGAUCUGUAUAGUCACGUCUCUGCAUUACAACAUCUGUUCAUGUCAGCGACAAAGUCUUCCACCGAUUUGCGUAAUCAUUUUCAAUCUAUAAGAAAGAUUCUUCAAUCAUUGACUUCUCUAGCAAAUGUGGACAUUGAGCCUGAAGCUCAGUCUAAGGUCCUUGAUAAACUUGAAGCCAUUGAUGGCGUAGUAGGAACUGGUGUUCCUGGUGCAGGUGGGUUUGACGCUCAGUUUUGCGUCUUACAAAAUGACAAACAUCAAAUCGAAAAAGUUAUUGAUUUAUGGAAUUCUUGUGGUGUUACGCCUAUGCAAGUAGGCCCUACGGAUGCUGGUUUGUCCGUUGUAGAUAACUUUCUAUGAGUAUUAACCUGAACGCAUUUUAUUAAGCAAAAUACUAAUGGAAGAGGAAUUCUAGUCUCUAUUCCUUGCCAAGACUUACGUGUACAGUGUUAUUAUCAUCGAUGUCCUUUCUUUGAAUGCUUUUAAUGAGUUUAUUCCAUUGAAGAGAUCGCAAGCAUAGAAUACAGCGUCCCAAAACUGGCAAGAUAUGUUCUUCACCAGUUAAGAAAUGGCUUGCUAAACAUGUAGUGUGACUCGUCAUGUCACAGUCGUCGUACAAACAAUAAAGCAAUGAAUCAUCUUCGCAAAGUUCACAGAGGCAUAUAUCACACGUGGAUUUACAACUCGCUUUAUUCUUUGAAGGAAAUUUGAUAAGUUCUUCUUCAAAAAUUUGAUUAUAGAAGUCGAUAAGAUUCCGUUCUUCCAUGCUAAAUUUCACAGAAGCGUUCCCUUUGCUUAUUAUGUUCCAUCGUUCGAAAGCAUGCUGGGAAAAAAAGGUUAUCUCGAGAGGCCAUCUUUUCCAUCCGUUAGAGGAAACAAUUUUUUGUAGAGAAUUUAGAGAGCUGUUUAUGCUCAACGUUCUCUUGAUACUUUCUUGAUUGUCUUUUGUGUGUCUAGACAAAUUGGGAUGUUGCCAAAUCCACUCAAACUGUAGCGCUGAAGUUUUGUUAGGAAAUCCAUGUACUAGGCAAAGUACGAUCCACGGUCGUCCGUUCCUCGUUUUCCAGGCUCCUCCUUGUAGUUCACCGUUGUGUUGUCGAAGGCGCUAAAUCAAAGGUUAGCAUGUGAUUCGCUUUUUCAACAUAUACGACAUUCACUUUGCAUACUCGAAUUGGAUUAGGUGUUGAACCAAUAUAGAGAGAUCUACUAGAAGCGGUUUUUUUAGACUGAAUUAAAUAGCAACAAUAAAAAGAAU